AUGGGAAAUUAUGAAUCAUUUGUGAGAGAAAUUAGAAAAAAUCAUUCUUUACUCAAUGAAAAAGACGAAUAUGGAAGAACACUUCUAUACUUAGCAGCAAGAAAUGGAUAUUAUGAUAUAUGCAAUUUCUUAUUAAGAUCUGGAUGUAAAGUUAACGAAACUCAAAAAGAUGGUAGUACUGCUCUUCAUGGAGCAGCUUUUUAUGGACAUCAAUCAAUAGUUCAACUAUUGCUUGAAUAUGAAGCAAAUCCAUCAAUAAUAAACAAAUUUGGACAUAGUCCUCAAGAUGAAGCUAGUGGUAAAACAAUUAAUGAUUACAUUAUGUCGAAAACUCACGAUAAAAUCAAUUCACUAUUGAAUCGUUUGAAAAGUGAUGGAUUAGCCAAAAAUUUUGUCGUCACAAAACAUGAUGGUAGAAUUAUUGGUAAAAAGAUUUUGAGAAAUUUGGAUUACUCUUCGGCAUAUUCAACUAAUUUUUGGACAUUGGCCUGGCACGGUACUAAAUAUGAACAUUUAUAUUCGAUUAUGAAAUAUGGAUUACAUCCGGCUGGUGCUGUUCUAUCGCCUCAAUAUCGAAUUUCUCCACAGGAAGAUCAUAUUGGUUUGAAUAUAAGAGUAGGAUCAAUAGAUAAUUGGGCCAAUGCUGUGUUCGUUUCGCCAAGUAUAUUUUAUGCAGCACAUAGAGUAUAUUCAGAAAGAAUAUUUUGUGAUCAACAACAGUGGUGUGUUUUAGUCGAAACACGAGUAAAACCAGGUUCAUUUACUAAGCACAAACAGACUCUACUGAAUAAAAGAGAUUUAUUACCAGGUGAACCAACAAAUGUCGAAUAUAGAGUAGCUGUAAAAUCCGACGAAGAUUUUAUUUUACAAGUAGAAUCAGAGAGAAAUGUUAUAGUCACUGCUUUGGUUUUUAUACAUGUAGGAUUUCUUGAAAAUAUCGAUGAAUAUUAUCAAGGAGAAGAAUUAUUCGCUAAUUCUGAAGCUGAAAGAGCUCUUUUUCAAUGA